AUAUUUUAAUUUGGAAAGAAUGGAAUACAUACAUUGGAGAACUUUGUUCAAAAAUCCAAUCGUCAUUCCUAUCGAUUAUUGUAGGAUUGAUGCAGGUCGCAGAUAUAAAUGCAUCAGAUCGUGAUACACGUGGGAAAAUUAUUAAGAAGUAUCUUAAAUUUCUUUUCUCAAUGUGUUUAUCAGAUGAUACCAUGGCCCUAGAUGUAUCGAGGUCUAUUAUUAAAAUAAUGCAAGAAUAUAUUACGACGAACAAUGAUGACAUUCUUGCCGAAGUGUCCAAAUUUAUCCUAAUGGUUGGUAAACUCAGGAAAUCAAUAAUUCAAACGUUAAUACAGGAUUUAAUGGGAGUCCUGGAAUCUAGUGAGCUUUUGCAAAUGCCACGAUCGUUUACUCUCUUGGCAAAAACUGCAUUAAAAGUCCCACCUGAAAAUAAUACAGAAGCAGAAAAUUUCCAGCAAAUGAUUAUUGCAAUAAUUAAAAGUUUUGGUCAGUACGAUGGGAGCACUGUUUGUAAUAAUCAAUGGAAUAUUUAUCUGAUUGGUGUAGACGCUGGAAAAUCUGGAUGUUUCUCUGUCAUGGCGAAUAUUAUGCAAUUUUUUGUCGCAGUUGUUGAUGUAGACGCCUCAAGAUAUUGGCUUAGAGCUCUAAUUAAUAUCGCAACAGCAGAAAAAGGAAUGGUAAUGAAAGUGGGCAUAGAUCAAAUGUUCGAUUUGCAACCAGGGCACGCAGACAUUUUAGAUACAAUUGAAGAUUCUAUCCGUCGUUAUGCACAAGGUGACGAAGAAUUAAAUGGAUUUAUGGCAUUAAUGGACAUCUCCAGUCAACGAUUAUUUGCAAAAUGGUUUUACCUUCUUCGAGUUGAGUUUUUUAAGACUAUGAAAUCCUUUUUGGAAAAGUUGAACCAAUAUAUGAAUCCUAGAAUUAGACGUAAAAAAAAGGACAUGGUUGAUAUUCAGGAAAUGUUAUUAAGAACUGCACACAUGCACGAUUUUGUAGCACAUUCGUUCUUUGAUGUCGAUAAGAAAAGUUUAGAAAUCUUAGAAUCAUACAGGAUUUGCUGCCUAAUAUUGGUAUAUGCCAUAAAAAGUCUUCUUACUGGAGUUGAACCAAGCCAAGAACACAUUGAUCCUUCCUUGAUUCCAUUGAUUCCAAUGAUACGAUAUGUGAAUGCUGAUCUGAAUGGCUUUACCAACUCAUGGAAAGCAGGCGAGAUAGAUCAGCAAGAAAGAUUAGCAUUGUAUACUCAAUCCAUUCAAAUAUUGAGGGAAAUUGAACAGCAUAAACUUCAAAGUGCACCAUCGAAUCCAGUAUUAGUUGUACGUGACUUUGCACGUGCCAUGUUAAAAAUUCCCAUGAAAAUUCCACCAUACUUCUUUGAUAGACAACAAAGAACACGUAUCCAUUGGCUCGAUGUCCCAUAUUUUAAGGGAAACAAUAAACCAAUUUUGGUUCAAGAAAAACUCGUUCUUAAGCUGGAAGGAAUAGUGCGAUCAGGUUAUGAAGCUGUAUCAAAAAAAUUGAAAAGCAUUGAAAUGAUCAUCUUUGGAUCAAAUAUCGAUUUCUUUGAGAAAUCGAAUCCUGAGAAUUCUUUAUUAAAUAAUUUAAAAUUUUCAGACGUAGCGUUAAAUUAUAGAGAGUUUGCCACAAAAAACGCUGAUUCAUUACAAACUUCUUCGGCCGUUGUUUGUAGUGUGGAGAUCAACAAUAAUUUUUUUACAGCUUCGGUUAUCUUUCCGUUUCCAUUAGGUAAAGAUGGUUUUAGAUUUAUAAAUGUUCAUACCAGAGUUGUUGACGAUCAAUCUGUCAUGUGGACGAUCGGACCUGACUUGAGAAUAGCGGCUCCUCUUGUUAAUAAUAUACAACA